AUGGGUUUCCAAGCUGGACGUCUUCAAAAUAGCGAAGUUGCUGACUUAGCGGGAAGAGUUAUCAAAAGCUGCAAGCUGAAAACUGUUACUCCUCGAUCAAUAAUGUUAGCCGUUCAUCAAGAUGACGAACUCUUUAAGAUGAUGUCAAAAGUAACAUUUCCCUUUAGUGGGGUUAUGCCUUCAAUACUACCAAGUCUCCUACCUAAAAAAUCGUCCGGACCCACGACACCAACAGUCAAGCGAAUUAAGCCAAAAAACAUACAUACCAUAAAUAUGCCUACGGGACAAUCUCUAAAGAUCGUCCAGACAGAUAUAGUCGAACUAUAUGUCGAUGCAGUAGUCAAUCCAACAAACAGAACUCUCUAUAUGGGUGGCAUGGUAGGUACUCGCCUAAUGGAAGUCGGUGGUGCGGAAUUCGCGAAAAUAAUGCAAGAUGCCAGAACCGAAAUCAGUCACCUUCAAAAAAAUGAUUGCUUUAUUACGAAAGGCUCGGGUACAAAAGCGAAACAUAUCAUACACACUAACGGUCCCGUGUGGGAUGGAAAUCGUAGUGACGAAUGCGUAUCUGAUUUACGAGAGACGGUUGACAAAUGCCUUGCAGCAGCUGAUAACAAAGGUUUCACAUCUAUCGCGUUGCCUUCCAUAGGCAGUGGAAAGGCAAACUUCCCCAAGGCUCUAGCGGCUGAGGCAAUCGUUCAGACGAUCAAAACCCACUUGAUUAGAAAUAAAACUUCGCUAAAAGACGUCCGCUUUGUACUCUUUGACAAGGGAUCUAUCGACGCGUACAUAUACGAACUCAAUCGUACAACAUAA